AUGGCUCGUCGUCGUCAAGAAAUUGCUUUACAAGCUGAACUUGAAACUCAAGAAGAAUGGAAUGAUGCAAUUAAUAAAGAAGGUCUUACAGUCAUUGAUAUUUAUCAACAUUGGGCAGGUCCAUUUGUUGAUGUUUAUCAAUCAUAUGGAGGUCCUUGUAAAGCAUUGGAAGCAAAAUUUCGAGCGAUUAAAAAUACGCUGGGCGAUCCGCUUUUGGCUUUUGUUGUUGCUAAAGCGGAUACAAUUGAUUCACUUGAAAAAUUUCGUGGACGAUGUGAACCAUGUUUUCUAUUCUAUGCGAGCGGUGUUUUAGUUGAUUCAUGUAUAGGAGCUAAUGCACCUGAAUUACAACGAAAAAUUACAGGAGGUUUAGAACAAGAAAAAAAAAUUUUAAAGGAAGGUGGCCAACGUACUGAACAUCGUAUGGAACUUGCUCCAGAAGAAGAAGACGAAGAGGAUGAAGUUGAAGCAGGAGCAAAUCGUAAACGUAGUCCAUCUAUUGUUAAUGCUGUUGCAAGUCAUCAAUAUACUUUGGCAGUUAUUCGUCCAGAUGCUUAUGCAAAUGGUAAAACAAAUGAAAUUGUUGAUAAAAUUAAACACCAUGGUUUUCGAGUUUUAUUACAACAAGAACAUCAACUUACUGAACAUGAUGCACGUCAAUUUCAUCGUCAAAAAAUGAAUGAAGCAGGUUAUGAAGAACAAAUAGUACAUAUGACAAAUGGUCCAUCCGUUGUUCUUUUACUUCAAAAAACGGAUGCUAAAGAAUCAACUGUUGAGCAAUUCCGUGAAUUAGUUCAUUCGGAAGAAGCAUGGAAAGAAAAUGUUGAUUGUACACAAUCACCAGAUCAUGUUCAACAAGAUCUAAUGUUACUUUUACCAGGUAUUGCUCAAAAACCACAAUCAGGACGCGAAAAACAAAUUGAAAGAACAUUAGCCAUCAUUCGACCAACCGCUUUUAAAUUACAUAAAGAUGCUAUCAUUAAAAAAAUUCAUGAUAGUGGUUUUGAAGUAACUCGUACAGCAGAAGUUCAUUUAACACAAGCACAAGCAGAACAAUUCUAUAGUGACAAGAAAAAUGAACCCUAUUUUCAUGAUCUUAUGCAUGAAAUGACAAGUGGGCCAUCUACAGCAUUAUACAUAACUAAAAAAGAUGGUGUUCAAGCUUUUCGUACUUUACUUGGUCCAACAGAAAAAAAUCGUAUCAAAGAAGCAGCUGGAACUCUUCGAAAUGAAUUUGAUAUUGUCGAUGCAAAAAUUAAUUCUUUACAUGGAGCACGUACACAAGCUGAAGCUAAUCGUAAUUUACAAUUCUUCUUUCCAGAAGAACGUAUAUUGGUUAUACUUAAACCUAAUCUUACCGAUCAACAAAAAACGGAAAUCGUAGAAGCAUUCCGAAAAGCUCAUUUCUUUGUUAUGGCACGUAAAACUGAAAAAUUAACACCAGAACAAGUAGCACAACUAGAAAAAUCACAUCAUGGCAAAGAUCAUUAUGAGGAAUUAGUACAUUAUAUGACUAGUGGUCCAUCGGAAUUAUUAGUACUAGUCAAAGAACAUGCUAGUAAAAGUUGGCAAGACGUUGUUGGACCCGAAGAACCAGCUAAAGCAUCCGAAACAGCACCACAUAGUCUCCGUGCUAUGUAUGGUAAAGAUCUUGUUCAUAAUGCUAUUGAUGUUUCGCCAGAUGUUCAACAUGCUAAAAAUGAUAUUCAUUUAAUUUUUGGAGAUUUAGAUAAAGAUGAACAUGCUUAA